UUUCCUCCUCCCCAAAGAAAUUGGAAAGGCCAUUCAAUUUUUGUUUGCUAAAAAAGUCAAAAAAAAAUGCUCUGAUAUUAGGCUAUUUGAGAAUCAAACCGUCGUUUGAUUCUGUUUUCACACUCUUUAAUUGAUUUUUUUUUUCAUACAGAGGAGAAUAAAGCAAUAGAGAUGGCGGAGACAGAGCAACGAACGCAGAUUCGGAUGAGUUCAGAGCGAUCUUCACGAGUUGAAAUCAACGGCCACGAUUUGUCGAUCACGGAAACAAUGAUAACGGACAUAGGUGGGAGUGAAGUUGGUGCUCCCGAGGAUCGGCAAGAUAAUAAUACUUCCGAUUCGAAUCUAGGGAUCGGAGAGCGUGCUUUCUCUGCUGCCGGUGCUGCUGUUUUAUCCGCCAUCAUAGUUAAUCCGCUCGAUGUUGUCAAGACAAGAUUGCAAGCUCAGGCAGCAGGAGUGCAUUAUUCGCAUCCCCUAAGUAAUCUUAUAGGUCGAAUGGCAUAUUUUGGACCAAACACGAUGUUUUCUGAUUUGAAAUGUUCGCCUUCGUGUACUCGUGCCGGAGUCUAUGGAACUGUAUCGAUUUGUCCUCCUGAUUGUUUUCAGUACAGAGGAACAUUAGAUGUCUUCAACAAGAUAAUACGACAGGAGGGAUUUGCUAGGUUGUGGAGAGGGACAAAUGCUGGUCUUGCUUUGGCUGUACCGACAGUGGGAAUCUAUUUACCUUGCUAUGACAUAUUCCGUAACUGGAUGGAGGGUUUUGCAGAACAAUAUACGCCUCCUGCAAUACCAUAUGCCCCUUUGGUUGCUGGCUCUUUGGCAAGGUCAUUAGCUUGUGCGACAUGUUACCCUAUAGAACUUGCUAGAACACGCAUGCAGGCAUUUAAAGAUACUGGAAAGAAGCCACCUGGAGUUUUUAGUACCCUUCUAGGAGUCUUGUCUGAUGUCAAGGGCAGAAACCCUCAGAGCAGUUUACAAGGGUAUCGCGUCUUAUGGACAGGCAUGGGAGCACAACUUGCUCGUGAUGUUCCUUUCUCUGGAAUUUGUUGGUCAACCCUUGAGCCUAUCAGGAGAAAACUUCUUGGUUUGGUGGGGGAAGAAUCUGAUGUAUUUACUGUCCUUGGGGCAAAUUUUUCGGCUGGGUUUUUGGCUGGAAGCCUUGCUGCUGCUGCUACCUGUCCUCUAGAUGUUGCUAAAACUCGAAGGCAGAUAGAGAAGGACCCUGUCAGGGCAUGGCGAAUGACCACUAGGCAGACACUGAUGGAAGUUUGGAGGGAUGGAGGAAUGAAGGGACUUUUUACAGGAGUGGGUCCUCGUGUGGGCCGUGCUGGCCCUUCGGUUGGGAUUGUGGUUUCGUUUUAUGAAGUAGUGAAGCAUGCUCUACAUCACCAUUAUGCAAGUUCAUGACCUACAAGAGCAGCAGCUGAUAUCGCCUUUUUGGUCUACUAAACGAACGUUUGCUUUGCUCGGGAUGUUGAUGUGGAUAAGGGUAAAGUAUAAUAUAUGGUGAUAAUAUGCAAAUUUUGGCGGUGUAGAUCCGUUUCAUAUAGGUCUCAAGGUUUUAACUUCUAAUGUUUGAUCAUACAUACCAUAGGUUGUCGGAAAUAACAAGCGGUUUGGUCGCCGUAAAUCCUCGUCCAAGUCUUCAAACUCACAUAGGUAGCACAUAUGCUUCUCAUUUCUUAC